AUGUCUCCAUCUACCGAAAAAGAACUUAAACAUCUUGAAGAAGGAAUUGAAAACCCCGUCCAGGAACCAUACAAAGGCAAUGAACACACAUUUGCCAGGCUUACUCUGCAGAAAUGGAACCAGUAUGGUAGUUAUAUUGUCAGGGGGAUACAGUUCACAGCCGUCUUAACAUGCUUUUGCCUCACUAUUUGGCUUUUCGUCCCGUCUAGUCGGACUGCCAAACUCAAGUACACUGUUCAGGAGCCUUACGACUGGACAGACUAUGCCAGAUCACAUUUGGAGCUGUUUGAAAAUGCCGCUCCUGGUUCGACAAAAGGGUUGGCAGACAUAAUUCCAGAGAAAUGGCCGCUUGGAAAGACGGAAUACUACGUUCAUUCGUUUGGGUUCUGUAGAAAGACGGAAAACAAAUCUGACGUCUGUCGACACGCAUCUAACAGCGCUAUAAGAAGCCAGAUUAUCCAAGACAUAGGCUUAGUAUUUGCUGAAAGCCUGGUAGGCGGAACCAUUAAACUGCAGCACGUUGCAACUUCAUGGAAAAACGCCUUUGAUGAUGCUUACCAACUUGCUUUCAAUUCCCUUUCGACGUCAACUUUUCAUAACUUCACCACUUUCCUCGGCAAGUCCAUAGACGCUGUUUACCAUACACUGGUGGUUGCGUUUGGCAAAGAGUACUACAUUGACCAAGGCAUCAAGGCCAGCGAAGUGGGCAGAACGAAAUAUGGCAUUCCAAAGGAGGUGCUUGAUGUGGGCGAGACGUAUAUCACCGAGGAUAUUCUUAUUGAUUUCCUAGACGACCUUAGAAACCAUGACCAGCAGAAGUACCACGCUCUGGCGUAUGAUCUCUUUGAGAACAACUGCAACCACUUUACUGAUGUGGUGAUGGAGUUCUUGGUGGGCAAGAACUUGGAAGAUAGAAUCUUGAAACUACCCCAGGAGGUUCUUAGUUCGCCUAUGGGUCCUAUGUUGAGGCAGAUGUUGAAUGGUGGGUCCGGAGGCGGCGCUGGAAACGCCUACUUUGGUUCAGGUAGCUUUGCUACUUCUAGUGGCUACGCUGGCUCUCAAACCGAGGACACAGACCCAGAUUAUUUUCCUACCACUGCUGAUCAGGCGCUUGUUGGUAAGUCUCGCCAGCUGCUGAUCAACGCGUCGACUGUCUCGGCAACCCUGAUCCAGGCGCUGCCAGCUUGGACAUCGCCUCAGUCAGUUUCAGAUAAGUUUGAUACAGCUCAGAAGAUUCUGAUGGCUAAUUAUGUCCCGGGCGGCGGGUACCAGUCGUCUCUUGUGAGCCCUUCACUCUCUACCUCAGCGCUGUUUCAGAACAUGUACCCUAUGCAAAGACUGUUGUCUAUCACAGGGCUUGGAAUGGACCAGUAUGAUGCCAAUACUAACUACUCCAUUCACAGACCAAGAGCUGAUUCUUUUGUUGCUGCUCCCCAGGCUCGCUAUAAGGCCGGCGAGAAUACCCUGGAACUCUUGAAGAAGAGAGACGCCCGCAUGAGCUUUGGAACUCAAAGUUAUACUCCUUCAUUUGAGCCCAAGGAUACGAAGGAUCCUACCACCGUUCCCACAUCCGUACCUAUUAGCUCUAAACAUAGUUCAAUUGACGGUAAAAGCAUUAAGUCCGUCAAGUCUGUAUCGUCAGACAAAGUGCAAGCCUUGGAAGCCGAGCUUGCUUACCAGACCGAGAUGAACAAGUCUGUUGCCGAGAAGCUCAAGAGCUUCAAGCUUAACAAGGCACAGACAUCGGGCGCUAACUAUAAAGAUAGUCCAUCUGUUCUGAUGCCACAGAAGUAUCACCAGCUCUUCAGAGACCUCACACAGACCUUGAAUGAGAGAACCACUGACUUGGAGGAAACCAAGUCCAGGCUUGAAGCCAUCAUGGUGGCGUUGGUGAUGAAUAAAGGUAGCGAUAUCAUAGAAAAUGGUACCUUUGAUGCGCAAGAAAUGGCUCACAGACUUACUAGUAAAUUGGCUGUUUUACUGGCCGAAAACGAAACCUUGCAGAGGAUGGUAAGUUACAGCAACAAACAGAGCCUUCUUGUUGAGUUGAAGAUGUUGAGAGAGGAGAACGAAUCUUUAAAGAAAACCGUAGAAGAGUUGGAGAAGGGCACAAGAUCCUAG